AUGGCCACCGCCCCCAACGCCUCCUCCCUCUUCCUGGUUUCCUCCCCCAUCUCCACCGCGCCACGAGCCCGCGCCGGGUCCUGCCCUCCCUCCGCCCAGCCGUCGCUGCGCCUCCGGCCGAGGCCGUCCCCGGCCAUCGCGGCCGCCGUCCAGGCGGAGCACCAGCCCGCGGUGGCCGCGACGCCGAAGCCGCCCGCGCUACCGUUCCGCGUGGGCCACGGCUUCGACCUCCACCGCCUGGAGCCCAACCUCCCGCUCAUCAUCGGCGGCAUCAACAUCCCCCACGACCGCGGCUGCGAGGCUCACUCUGACGGCGACGUGCUGCUGCACUGCGUGGUGGACGCGAUUCUCGGCGCGCUGGGGCUGCCAGACAUCGGGCAGAUUUUCCCGGACUCCGACCCCCGUUGGAAGGGCGCCGAUUCUUCUGUGUUCAUGAAGGAAGCUGUGAAAUUGAUGCAUGAAGCAGGCUAUGAGCUGGGCAACCUUGAUGCUACGCUGAUCUUGCAAAGACCAAAAAUUAGCCCAUUCAAGGAAACAAUCCGAUCAAAUUUGUGUGAUCUACUUGGGGCAGAUCCAUCUGUGGUCAAUCUCAAGGCCAAGACGCACGAGAAAGUUGACAGUCUAGGGGAAAACAGGAGCAUAGCUGCUCAUACUGUAGUUCUCCUGAUGCGGAAGUAG